AUGGCUCCCGCAGCCGAUGCCGACCUCUCCGUUGAGAGCAUCUCGCCCUACGGAAAGGCCCGGGCCACUGUCCAAGAGACGGUCAUUAGCGAUGAGGAGGUCAAACAAAUCGACGACUACAUGCGGGCCAGUUUGUACCUGUGCUUGGGUAUGCUGUACCUCCGACGAAACCCGCUUCUCAAAGAGCCAUUGAAAGUCGAACACCUGAAAGCCCGUCUGCUCGGGCAUUGGGGUUCGGAUGCUGGCCAGAUCUUCACAUACGUGCACAUGAACCGGCUGAUCAAGAAGUAUGAUCUGGACGCCCUCUUCAUCUCCGGCCCAGGACACGGCGCUCCUGCGGUCAUUUCCCAGUCGUAUCUGGAAGGUGUCUACAGCGAGGUCUACCCAGACAAGUCGGAGGACGAGGAUGGCCUCCGCAAGUUCUUCAAGCAGUUCUCAUUUCCUGGAGGCAUUGGCAGUCAUGCCACCCCCGAGACCCCAGGCAGUUUGCACGAGGGUGGAGAGCUGGGUUACUCUAUCUCACAUGCGUUCGGCGCCGUCUUCGACCACCCAGAUCUGAUUGCAGUGACCAUGGUUGGUGAUGGUGAGUCUGAGACCGGCCCACUCGCAACCAGCUGGCACAGCACCAAAUUCCUCAACCCGAUCACCGACGGUGCAGUCCUCCCGGUUCUGCAUCUGAACGGCUACAAGAUUAACAACCCUACUGUCCUCGCCCGUGUUAGUCACAAAGAAUUGGAGGCUCUCUUUGUCGGCUACGGCUGGACUCCAUACUUUGUCGAAGGAAGCGACCCCAUCUCCAUGCACCAUGCCAUGGCUGCCACGCUCGAGAAGUGUGUGACCGAGAUUCGAGCAUACCAGAAGAAAGCCCGUGAAUCCGGCAAAGCUUUCCGCCCCCGAUGGCCCAUGAUUGUCCUGCGAAGCCCCAAGGGAUGGACUGGCCCCCGCACCGUCGACGGCCACUACCUGGAAGGCUUCUGGAGGUCUCAUCAGAUCCCGGUGGCAGAUGUCGCCAGCAAUCCCGAACAUCUCAAGUUGUUGGAAGACUGGAUGAAGAGCUACACUCCCGAGAAAUACUUUGGGGAAGAUGGCAAGUUCAGUCCAGAACUCCGGAAGCUGGCUCCUGAAGGCAACCGCCGCAUGAGCGCCAACCCGGUCGCCAACGGCGGAUUGAUCAAGAAGCCCCUCCAUUUGCCCGAUUUCCGGGACUACAAGAUCGACGUCCCCAGAGGCGGUACUACCGAAGCGCCCAGCAUGUCCAACAUGGCCCUGUUCCUGCGUGAUGUCAUCGAGAAGAACCAGACCAAUUUCCGUCUCUUUGGCCCCGAUGAGACCGAGUCGAACAAACUCGGUGCCAUCUACAAGGCUGGAAAGAAGGUCUGGCUCGGUGAAUACUUUGAGGAAGACAAGGAUGGCGGCAACUUGGCCUACGAAGGUCGCGUGAUGGAAAUGCUCAGCGAGCACACGGUUGAGGGUUGGCUGGAAGGCUACGUGCUGUCUGGUCGUCAUGGACUGUUAAACAGCUACGAACCUUUCAUCCACAUUAUCGAUUCCAUGGUGAACCAACACUGCAAGUGGAUUGAGAAGUGCCUUGAGGUCGAAUGGCGUGCCAAGGUUGCCUCGCUCAACAUCCUGUUGACGGCGACGGUCUGGCGUCAAGACCACAACGGCUUCACCCAUCAAGAUCCCGGUUUCCUCGAUGUGGUGGCCAACAAGUCUCCCGAAGUGGUCCGCAUCUACCUGCCUCCUGAUGGCAAUUGUCUCUUGUCCACCAUGGACCACUGCCUGCGAAGCAGCAACUACGUCAAUGUCGUUGUUGCCGACAAGCAAAACCAUCUGCAAUAUCUCGACAUGGAAGCCGCCAUUGAGCACUGCACCAAGGGUGCUGGCAUCUGGGACUGGGCCUCCAACGACCAAGGCGAAGAGCCGGACCUGGUCAUGGCCUCGUGUGGUGACGUGCCGACCAUGGAAUCGCUUGCUGCCACUGCUCUGCUACGUGAAUACAUCCCCGAAUUGAAGAUCCGUUUCGUCAACGUGGUCGACCUGUUCCGACUGAUCCCUCACGGUGAGCAUCCUCACGGUAUGAGCGAUGGCGAGUUUACCUCGCUGUUCACCGAUGACAAGCCAGUCAUCUUCAACUUCCACUCUUACCCAUGGCUCAUCCACCGCUUGACUUACCGCCGCAAGGGUCAGCACAACUUGCACGUCCGAGGAUACAACGAGAAGGGUAACAUUGAUACUCCUCUGGAGUUGGCCAUCCGCAAUAAGACCGAUCGAUUCUCUCUUGCCAUGGAUGCCAUUGAUCGGAUGCCCAAGCUGGGCAACAAGGGUGCAUGGGCACGUGAAAAACUCCUGAACGAGCAGAUUAAGUGCAAGAAUGAGGCUUUCCACGAGGGUAUUGACCCUGAAUACAUCCGCAAAUGGGUCUGGCCUUACUAG